ACUCAAAUCACUGCUUUUCUCCACGGCCGCCCCUCUCGCACGGCACGGCGAUGGCGGACAGUGCUAGCGAGAGCGAUACCGAUGGAGCGGGGAGCAGUUCAGCUCCUACACUGUCAUCCGCAGCUACGACCUCCGGCAAGCCAGGCAUAGUAAUCUCCCAAUUUCGACUUGAAGAGCUGACGAACCGCCUUGCUUCGUUACAGCAAGAGAACAAAGUGCUCAAAAUCGAGCUGGAAACGUUCAAACUGAAAUGUAAAGCCCUUCAAGAGGAGAACCGAGAUCUGCGAAAAGCUAGCGUUACAAUUCAAGCAAGAGCAGAACAAGAGGAAGAGUUUAUCUCCAACACCUUAUUUAAGAAGAUCCAGGCCCUCCAGAAAGAAAAAGAAACUCUUGCUGUGAACUAUGAGAAGGAGGAGGAGUUUCUCACAAAUGACCUGUCAAGAAAACUUAUGCAGCUUCAGCAUGAGAAGGCAGAGCUGGAGCAGCACUUAGAGCAAGAGCAGGAGUUCCAGGUCAACAAGUUGAUGAAGAAGAUUAAGAAACUGGAGAAUGACACCAUAUCCAAACAGCUCACCUUAGAACAGCUGAGGCGGGAGAAAAUUGACUUGGAGAAUACAUUAGAACAAGAACAAGAGGCGCUGGUCAACAGGCUGUGGAAACGCAUGGACAAACUGGAGGCAGAGAAACGGAUACUGCAGGAGAAGCUGGACCAGCCUGUGUCGGCCCCGCCCUCCCCGCGCGAUGUUUCCAUGGAGAUCGACUCACCUGAGAACAUGAUGCGGCACAUUCGCUUCCUGAAAAGCGAAGUGGAGAGACUGAAGAGAAGCCUUCGCACCACUGAGCUGCAGCACACGGAGAAGCGGGCUCAGUACAUUGAGGAAGAGAGGCACAUGCGUGAGGAGAACAUUCGCCUGCAGAGGAAGCUCCAGAGAGAGAUGGAGAGGAGGGAGGCUUUGUGCAGACAGCUGUCUGAGAGUGAGAGCAGUUUGGAAAUGGAUGAUGAGAGAUACUUUAAUGAGAUGUCUGCCCAGGGUCUGAGAGCACGCACUGUGUCCAGCCCCAUCCCCUAUACCCCGUCACCCAGCUCUAGCCGACCCAUCUCUCCCGGUCUGUCCUAUGCCACUCAUACAGUGGGGUUUACUCCUCCUGCCACCCUCAGCCGUGCUGCCAUCCCCCACUACACCCCCCCAGGCCUGCACAUCCACCCAGGCUCCUCCCACGCUGUACAGAGGCCAUCCCCAAGGAGAAGCAACAGCCCAGACAAAUUCAAGCGCCCAACACCCCCACCUUCCCCAAACACGCACUCAGGGGUGCAGCACCCACCACCUCCACCCCCACCAGCCCAGCCAAUGGUGCAGUCCAGCUCCUCUCAGGCAGCUACAUCACAGCAGCCCCCCUCUCAGCCUUAAUGCAUGCACUGUGCUACGCUACGCUAAGCUAGGCUACGACAGUGACUCAGCGGUUCUCCAGGGGGUCAGGCUCACUACCGAAGGCUAACUGGAGUGAACAAUGGUUUGGAGGCAGCACUGGAGAGCAUUAACCCUGGCAUUUGACUGACUGACUUGGCCAGCUUUCUGUUUGGCUUUGCCAUGCCAUGUAACUGAAUUCGUAUUUGUGUGUGUUUUGUUUUCUAUAGAGCAGUCAUAUAUGGAUUGGGGAGAGGAUGAGAGAUAAUGGUAGUUGAAUGUUGAGUUUCUCUUUUAUUUCAGGGGAUUUCUGAAACUUGCUCUCUCAACCUCUGCCCCAUCCCAUCAAGUCCAACCAUAGUGGUGUGUUAGAAGCUCUUGCUACAAUCAGCCACUUAAAUCUAAGGAGAAAAUAAAGAAACUAAACAAAUUUCUGCUGAACAGCUGACGUACUUCUUUGUUUGACAAUUUGCUAGAGAGCUGAAGCGUAAUAAUUCAUUUGACUGGUUGAAGUCUGGAUGUAAGGAAUCCCUGGUUGAGCUCAAACUUUAAUAAGAAUGGCCUAAAUCAAAAUAAGAAGCACAGGUGGAAUGGAAGUGUUGUGUGAUGUUUAUUUUUUUCUGUUUUUGUUUUGUUUGUAUAAAACCUUUAUAAGCCUCUUUGGACAACGCUUAGACAUUGGCCAGGAAGGCACUAAAAACUCUGAGGAAACGUAUUGCCUAUCUCAGCGUUUUUAAAAGGCUGUGCUGGAGUAGUGUCUCUGUGUGUACAGAUAUAACUCUGGAUGCUUGGACCAGCCCUUUGGACAACACUGCAUAAAGAAAGAUUAACAUCCUCUACUUAUGUCUGAUAUAUAUAUUAUAUAUAUUAAAAAAAAACAAACAUACAAAGUGAACAGUCAAAAUAAAAGGUACUGUUGAACAAAUUAACCUCGGUAUGAUUAAAAGCUUGUACAAAGACA